AUGGCAGAGACAGCAGAGGAUGAUCUUCGCGCUUUCAAGUUCGAGCGGAUUCUUAACCAAGACACCGGCCGCAAAACCCUCAACCUCCUAGGAACAAUCAAAGGACUCCCAGCAAUCAUAACAGCCGAAAAGACAGCCUUCAACACCACCUCACCCUCAACCUUCGCCUCCCCAGAAGAAGGUCUUCUCUCUCUAAACCUUCUCCAAAAGAAUGAUAUCUACCAUUGGUUCAUGGGUACGAUCUCACAAUCUGCAACAUCCAAUGCUGCUGCAAAAGUCAAUUUGAUAUACCCUUGUACGGACGUACAUAUCAAAAAGUAUUCAGCUCAGCAGCUUCACAUGGUGGUCGAAACCCCCGAGAUUUAUGAAAAAUAUGUGAAGAAGUAUAUUGUACAGAAAACCGAGGGGGGUAGGUUGAAUUGGGUUUAUAAUAUUCUUGAUCAUAAGGCGGAGAGUGAGAAGAUUGUGUAUGAGGAUGAGGAUAAGGAGGUGGGGUUUAUAUUGUUACCGGAUUUAAAAUGGGACCUCGUAACCAUGACCUCCCUCUACCUUUCAGUAAUCGUCCACCGCACCGACAUCCGAUCAAUCCGCGACUUCACACCGGCACACAUUCCAUUCCUAAGUUCUCUCCGUCAUAAAGUCCUUACCGCCGUCUCCUCAAAAUACUCCCUCCCGGGAGAUCUUCUCAAAAUCUACGUCCACUAUCAACCAUCAUACUACCAUUUCCACGUUCACGUUGUUCAUAUUUCACAUGAUAUGGGUGCCUCCGCCACAGUUGGGAAAGCGAUCUUAUUGGAUGAAGUAAUACAAGUUUUGAAACUUAUGGAAAAACUUCCGAGUUCAGCUGGAUCUGGAUCUGGAUCUGAGAUUGUCGGAUAUAAAGAUCUUGAAAUGACGUAUGUUCUUGGAGAGGAACAUGAUUUAUGGAAGAAAAUUUUCGAACCAUUGGGGAAAGGGGAGGAACCGAGUAUCUAG